AUGAAAAACAAUAAAUGCUCUAAGUUUUCCCCCAAAAAGUUCAAUGAAACUACCAUUGUUGAUAACGAAGGCUAUCCUCUCUACAAGCGAAGUGCCAAAACACACUAUAUUGUUAAGAAUGGUAUAUCCUUGGAAAAUAGACAUGUCGUUCCUUAUAACACAAGGUUGCUUUUAAAAUACCAAGCUCACAUUAAUAUGGAAUGGUGUAACCAAAGUACUUCCAUCAAGUACCUGUUCAAGUAUAUUAACAAAGGGUACGACAGAAUCACGGCAUCCGUAGUUCCUUCAAAGAAAUCAUCAAAAGACCUUGAAACAAUAGAUGAAAUCAAAGAGUACCUUGAUUGUAGGUAUGUCUCCCCAAGUGAGGCGUGUUGGCGGUUAUUUUCGUAUAAAAUCCACGGACGAAAACCAGUUGUAGAACGUAUGUUUUACCAUCUUAUUGGUGAGAAUACAGUCUACUAUCAGGAUUAUGAGAGGAUGGAGAAUGUUUUGGAAAAACCAAGUGUAACCAAAUCGAUGUUCACAUCAUGGUUGACUGCAAAUGGACAGUUUGAAGAGGCCAAAAAUCUUACAUAUGCACAGUUUGUGUCUAAAUUUGUCUAUGAAAAGAGAAAGAGAGAGUGGAAACCACGUAAGAAAGGGUUUACCAUUUGCAGACUUAUCUGGGUGCCACCAACAACCGGCGAACUCUAUUAUCUAAGAAUGAUGUUGACGGUCAUGAAAGAGGCCAGUCAGUGGGAUUCCGGACAUUUUCUUAGAAAGUUGUUCGUCAUUAUGUUACUCUCUGGAACUAUUAGCAGACCGACACAUGUGUGGAAUCAAAGUUGGAUAUUGUUGUCAGAUGGUCUACUGCACUCUCACAGAAUUAUCGUAACAAAUCCAGAUUUGCAACUCACUGUGGAAGAAAUGCAGAAUUUAACUUUAAUUGAGAUUGAAACCUUACUUCAAGCCAAUCGUAGAAGCCUACACGAUUUCAAACCAAUUGCGUAUCCGAGUGAUUAUGUCCUUCAACAGCUAGGGAACCGCCUAAUUUUUGACGAAAGAUCUUAUAAUAUUACAGCCAUGAAAAAUGAAAUCCAAGCACUACUCACUGCACUUACAGAGGAACAAAGAUGCAUUUAUGACAAAAUCACGUCCGCUGUGAACAACCAAAAAGGGGGGGGGGUAUUUUUCUUGCAUGGUUAUGGAGGUACUGGUAAAACAUAUAUGUGGAAAACACUCGCAACUUCGUUGCGGUCCAAACAUGAAAUCGUAUUGACAGUCGCUUCAAGUGGAAUUGCUCCUCUACUAUUACGUGGUGGUAGAACAGCUCAUUCAAAGUUUAAACUACCAGUCCCAACAUUGGAAAAUUCUACUUGCGAUAUAACCUAUGGUUAUGAAUAUGACGAAUUACUUCGCCAAGCUAAGUUGAUUAUUUGGGAUGAGGCCCCUAUGGCAAGUAAAUUUUGUUUUGAAGCUCUUGAUAAAACUUUAAAGGAUGUCAUGAGUAGCUACGGUAACUCGGAGGAAAUAUUUGGUGGUAAAGUUGUCGUUUUUGGUGGAGAUUUCCGACAGAUUUUGCCUGUCAUCCCCAGAGGGAGUCGAUCGGAUAUUGUUCACUCUACAAUCAAUGCAUCUUCUAUAUGGUAUUCGGUUGAGGUAUUGACCUUGACUAAAAAUAUGCGUCUUCAUGGGGGGAAAAGGGAUGAAGAAAAAUGCGAUAUUGCUGAAUUUUCAAAAUGGCUGUUACAGUUAGGUGAAGGUCGAAUUUCUGAGCCAAAUGAUGGUUAUGCUGAAAAUGAAAUACCACCUGAGCUUUUAAUUCAAGACUUUGACGACCCUAUUGUUGCUAUUGUUGAUAGUACAUAUCCAGCUUUCAUGGAUAAUUACAAGUCUUAUGACUACCUAAAGAGUCGGGAAAUCUUAGCAUCAACCAUCGAAGUUGUUGAUCAAAUUAACCGUCACGUACUUCAAAUGCUACCAGGUGAAUCAAAAGAUUAUUAUAGCUCUAUUUCGGUUGAUCGAUCGGAGAUACACGAUAACAACAUUAUUGAUGUCUUAAGUCCUGAAUUUCUCAGCUCUCUACGCACUUCUGGUUUGCCUAACCAUCUCAUUACAUUAAAGGUGGGUUGCCCCAUAAUGCUUAUGCGAAACAUAGACCAAUCUGUCGAUGAGGCUAUACCAAUUGAGGACUGGACUGUGGUUGCCGACCUUGAAAUUACAUCAGAACUUAACCCUCAACCGGUUACGCCAACCUCUGCCACUAAAAGAAUUGCGCCUCCUAUUUCUACCGAAGAUGCAGCAAGCUCUGAAAUCCAGCAGGGAGACCAUUCCUCCACCAAAUUGAAAAAAAUUAUCAAGAUGGAGAAAACUGCUACAUGA